AGGAGCAUGCUAUAAGAGGAGCUUCAACCGAGAGAAGCGUCAAAGCAUUUACCCGAGAGCGGAGGGGAGGGAGAGACAGCCUAGAGAGCGCUCACAAUGAACAUUUAAUUUCAGUUUUUUUUUGUUUUUGUUUUUGUUUUUCUUCUGCACGGCUGUAUCUUGUCCAUCAGAAAAGCGGCACAUGUACAAAAAGAUUUAGACGCGGUGAGGAUUCUGCGCCUUUUUUAAAGUUCGGUCCGACGUUGCGCUCCCGUGUCAAAUCCUGGAUAAGCGAAAUAAAGUAUCGAUUUCAGCACCUGAGUGGAGGACAGCUCCUCUCUGCUUGCUCCUCCGGAUACCCUGCCGAAAAACUCUCCCGCUGUUUCUGAUGUAAACUGCUCCGGUCCGACAAUCUUCCACCCGCCCGCCUCUAAGUCUGGAAGAAGCGCAGAGAUCCGCUGAGGGAAGGAUUCGCGACCGACUGUGUACUCAAUAUGUACCAGGGGCAUUUACAGGGGAAAGACUCUAGGGCUGCAGAUAGGACUGUUGCCAUGGUCCUGAAGGAGAUACCAAGUAAGGCCUCAUCAGAAGGGAAGCCCCUCCUCACAGUGACUACCAAGCUGGUGAGCGAGCAACAAGAGAGUCGGCCGCUAUUAAGCCCUUCCAUCGAUGAUUUCCUCUGCGAGACCAAAUGUGAUGGGAUUUCCCGCCCGGUGACUUCCAACACAGCCGUUCUUUCUUCAACACUGGACCUUUUAGAUCUCAGUGAACCAGGAGAGAGGAGGAACAACAAGGACAAGAAAAGUAUUUUGGUGUCCCGAGGUGACGACCAAAAGAACAGCUCACACAAGAAAAAGACAGAUGAGACAGAGCUGAUUCAGGUGGAAGUUGAACAGACAGGACCAAGCAUACGAAACCCAGAAAGGGCAUCACUCGAUUCAGUUACCAUUGGAUCAUUGGAUAAAUGGGAAGAACUUAAUCCCAACACUGAGAGGAAUGGCAACAGAAAAUGGAAGCUGGAGAGACGCCGUCCUUCCAAAAAUUCAUCCAAUGAGUUUUUGUGGUCUUUAGACGGUAAAAUCCAAUCUGACUCUUCAAAUAAGAACAUGUUGGAAGCAAACUCCAAAGCAGAACCAGAAUCAGCCCUUUCAACCCAGCUCAACAGACAGUAUAUUAGUGGAAGACAUGCUCGUCUGACAAAGGAGCAACGCUGGGGGAGUGCCCUGCUGUCCAGACAUCAGUCCCUGGAGGAGGAGUUUGAGCGAGCCAAGGCUGCUGUUGAGUCAGAUACAGAGUUCUGGGACAAAAUGCAGGCGGAGUGGGAAGAGCUGGCCCGACGAAACUGGCUGACAGAAAACGAGCAGGCGCAAAUACCCUCAUCUGUAUCUCCACAUGAGAAGGGGUACUACUUCCACACAGAUAAUCCUUAUAAGGACCUGUCUAAUGCAUUUGAGGAGGGACUGAAAAAAUCUCGAGAGGGAGAUUUGCCAAAUGCUGUGCUUUUGCUCGAAGCAGCCGUUCUGCAGGACCCUCAUGAUUCAGAGGCUUGGCAAGUGUUGGGGACCACACAGGCUGAAAAUGAAAAUGAGCAGGCUGCAAUUGUCUCCCUCCAAAGGUGUUUGGAGCUCCAUCCAAAUAACCUACCGGCCCUCAUGGCGCUGGCAGUGAGCCUCACCAACACUGGCAUGCGUCAUGAUGCCUGUGAGGCCCUGAUUCGCUGGUUGAAACACAAUCCCAAGUACAAGCACCUGCUGAAGGUCAAGACCCAUCUGAUAGGCUCCCCGAACUCUCAGCGCAGGAUGUCUUAUGCCCUCAAUGCAGGCAGACACGAAAGCUCAUUGCUGCCAGAGGUAAAGGAGCUCUUCUUGGAAGCAGUUCAGCAGAACUCUGACAGCGUUGACCCUGAUCUGCAGACAGGCCUUGGAGUGCUUUACAAUCUCAGCGGAGAGUUCAACAAAGCUGUGGACGCCUUCAAUACAGCACUGUCAGUUCGGCCUGAGGACUAUUUGUUGUGGAAUCGCCUUGGAGCCACACUAGCAAAUGGGGACCGGAGCGAAGAGGCUGUGGAGGCUUACACACGAGCUCUUGAGCUGCAUCCAGGGUUUAUCAGGUCCCGCUAUAACCUGGGCAUCAGCUGCAUCAACCUGGGGGCCCACAGAGAGGCAGCCAGUAACUUCCUGAUGGCCUUAAGUCUCCAGAGGAAAAGCCAGAGUGGCCAACAGUCCCAUCAGGUGAUGUCUGGUAACAUCUGGGCAGCUCUGAGGAUCGCUUUAUCCAUGAUGGACCAACCCGAACUCUUCCAGGCUGCAAAUAUUGGCGACCUGGAUUUCCUGAUGCGGGCGUUUAACUUGGACAUUUGAGGAAUUGAUAGAAGAGAUGAUGAAGUCUGUUCUAUCAUUUAUUCUUCUAUUUCUACCCAGAAGCCAAAAGGCCAAAGUGCACAUGUUUGAGUUAAGACACAACCGUGUGUAUUUAGUUUCUGCACAUCAAAUUAAACUCAGAAGGUCAUAUUUUCUUGCCCUAAAUUUCUACCAAGCAGUUUGGAGGGCCGGUUCUUCCAAGGGUUUGAAUAGACUGCUUAGCGAUGGAAUUUGCACUGUAAUUUAUGAUUUCCCUAAAGAGCACAAGGACGGGCAAAGAUUGUACAAGCUAUGCCUUAGAGGACACAUCAAUUAAAAACUGACUCAUGUGGUGGAACAGAGGUGAGCCAGGAGUGACAGCCAGAUUUAAGACUCCCACUGAGAAACCCUCACAAGCCACUUGCAACAGAAAAGAUGAGGUUUUGAAAGGAAGAACUGUUGACUCAGGACCUUCUCUCCCCCUUUCUGAUGGAUGGAUCCAGUGAGCGAACAAUAAAGGCUGCACCCUGUAACCCCAGAGAUCCUUAUUGUCUUCCUGGCUUCAGCUCCUCCACUGUCAAUGGAGACUCAUUCCUCUGCAUAAAAAAAAAAACAUUUUAAGAAAUGGAGAGCUUAACAUACUUAUAGAGGUUUUCCCUUUGCACUUUUAGAUGACUUCCUUGAUCCAAGUGGAAUGUGCAACCCAGAUUGUAAAGCCUUACUAAGAUGCAUGUGUCCAAUCUUAUUUAUUUACACUAUUUUUAUGGCAACAAAGAACAAAUUAUAUCUAAGCCCUUUUCAGACCAGUUUAAAUUUCUUAACAUAAGUGCUGUUCUCAGAACUUGUAUGAUUUCUGAUCCACUAAUUUCAGUUGGGUUGUUUAUAUAUUUAUGCAGCUCAUAUGUAAUAUUUGUUUCCUUUAUGCUGACUGGCUGGAGGAAGGCAGACAAUGGGCGGUUAAUAUUGAUUUUAAUAGUGUCUUUCAUCAGAGGGAAAAGUGGUUAUAUUUCCAAAAAUAUCUUUCAUCUCAGAGGCCACCAGAAAGAAAAGCUUAAUUUUUAUUUAUGCUGACUGUAUUCAUUUCGAUACAGCAUAUUAACAUUAAAUUAAAAGAUGUGUAUUUGCAAGCCAAGGCCCGAGACAGCAGCUUGAUGAUAUUUGUUAUCUUUGCUGCUCCUCAACUGGCAGCAAAGCUCAUUCAUUUAAUUACAUCAGUUACCCUCAGCCAUCAUGCAUGAUUUUAAUAUUUAUGGAGGGUUGUUUAGAGUGUUGCACACAUUUGUUUGUUCGCUCUUAUAACAUUAAUAUGCAUCCAUGGAAGGAAAAAAAUUAUUUUAUGAAUAACAUUUAUUCAUAAAAUCAUAAUAAAUAUUAUAGAAGGCACUGCUUAAGAUGCUCCUACCCAAGAUAAAUACUUUGCAGCUUCUCGUAUUUUUUAGAAAUAUGUUUUUUAGUUGCUUCCUUUGAGUCACAGUUGUUGCUGUGUGAUUUUGACAUCAUGCAGCUUGCUGCGCAGCAGAGUGAAAGAUCUGCUGCGCUGUACGGCUCACUUUGGUGUUUAUCAGCUAUGUCCACAGUCUGGGUGUGCUACAGAAAGGAUUUUUUAUUAUUAUUUCAUUGUCGGCUCCUAUGCAAAAGGUCAUGUUUCAUGUUUGUCCCCAUUUGCCUCAGUGGACCAAAGGGAAGUGUUGAUUCUGUGUUUUGAAUGAAUGCUAUCAGCAGGAACCAGAGACCAAUACCAGAACCAUUCAUCUUCCAAACAGUGCAGCUGGGAUGACACACUCUGUGUUAGGAGGAGUGUUCUAUCAGGCGGCUGGGGGAGAACCGGCUGAAGUGCAGCAUUGUCACUGUAUAAAUCUGUGACAUAAAAAUGCAUCUGUGGCUGCAGACACCAAAUUCCCGGCUCUACAUAUAUUUUCUUCUGCCUGUUACCUCACUUUUCUAUUUGUUGACAGAAGUAUUAUACUUGUCAUAUUGUCACAUUACAGUCAUAUGAUACACCAACAAAAUUGUAGAAUUGUAAAAUUGAAGAAAACUGAUAGAUGGUUUUCUUUUUUUUGUACUAACAAAAUCAGAAAAGUUUGACAUGCAUUUGUCCCCCCAUCCCCCCAACAAAUAAAUAGUGCCCACAUUUCUUUCAAAAUGGCAGAAGCUCAGUCAGGUUGGAUGUAGAGCAUCUGUGAACUGCACUUUUCAAGGCUUGCCAUAGUUGAUUUAGGUUUAGACGUUGACAGGGCAAUGGUGUUGAAGUAUUGGUUUUCUACCACACAUAGAACAUCUUCAUUCACAUGUUUGCUGUGCUCCCAGCAUGCUUGUGGUAAACUGUAAAUAGGACUUCCCAUGUCAUUCUAUCAACAUGACUUUGUUGUUGCCAGUCUUUCAUAAGGGCGAGAUACUGUCAACAGAUUUUCCAUCCUGAGCUGUGAAUCUCGGGAUCCCCUCUGGAGCCACCAUCAGCCUCCUGGCUGCUUCUCUGAUUAAUGCUCUCCUUCCCUGGGCCAUGCCAUAUGUUUAGGUAGAUGCCCACAUCUUGGUAGUUUUAGUUGUGCCAUACUUUUACCAUUUAGUUAGUAGAUUGAACAAUGCUCCAUGAGAUGUUCAAAGCUUGGGAUGUUGUUUUAUAAUCUAACCUUGCUUUCAAAUUAUUCACUUCACCUCUGACCUUUCCAAUGUGUUCCUUGAUCUUUAUGAAGCUGUUUGUUCACCAAUGUCCUCUAACAAACUCCUGAGGCCUUCGCAGAACAAAGGAAUUCAUAUUGAGAUUAAAUAACACACAGCUGAACUCUAUUUAGUAAUUAGGUGACCUCUCACUGGUUGCACUGGAUUUUAUUUAUGGUAUCAGCAUAAAGGGAGCUUAUUGCAAAUGCAUUCCUCAGUUUACAGAUUUUUAUUGAUGAAAUAACAAGAAAACCAUGUAUUAUUUUCAUUCCACUUCACCAUCAUGCAGCACUUUGUGUUGUCUUAUAAAAUCUGCAUAGAAUUCAAUUAAGUUUGUGGUUGUACUGUGACAAUGUUCAUGGGGUGUGAAUACUUUUGCAAGCCACUGCAUUCACUGCCACGUAAACGCUAGUCAGAUUUCAGGCAAAAAAGAAAUAUGUAGCCACCUUCGAUAAAAUGUUCUGUUGCUAACAAGGAUUUUUUUUUUUUUUAAUCAGGAAAUCACUCUAGUUGGAUAAAGCUUUUCGCUCACCCUGAUAUAGGUUCACAAUCAGAGUUUGAAGGUUUGGAAAUUCAUGUUUUAUGUUUUAUGCUUUGCUAAAUCAUUUGAAAUAGUUCCUUUGGAAAGCAAGUUUGCUCCUAGCCUUCUAAAUACCAGGUCUGUUCACAUAAGGUAUCGCUCUUAUGGCAAGUUGUGCAGUUUAGUUUAGUUAUAGUUUGACUCUUACUGUGAUUUUUUCCAUAUUAAGAUUACAUACUAACUGUAGGAGCAAAGGGGGAGCUUAUCAGCAGCUGCUGGGGUGUUAAAAAUAACUAUUAUGCAUUCUUUUUUUUUGUGCAUCUAAAAAUCACCAAACGCCAAACAAAAUUUUUCUCACAAAAUUCUCAACAGCCUGAAAUGGCAGAAAUUUGCUGUAGUUAUAGCCUUUCCUUCUUCACUCAGUGAAAUCAUCACGAGAUGUAGUCACCCAGUGCUUUGUUAGCUUAGUUUGGUGUAACUUACUUGUAAAACAAAGCAACAGUUCUGGCACAUUGACUGUUUUGCCAUUUAGAGCUAUUAGAAUCCUAAAUGAGACAGGUACUGGAUUAUAAGAUAAUACAUUGUGCUAAUGAAUUAAAUUUUUAAGUUUUUUAAUGGAGUCAAUUUAUAUUAAAUCUGUUAAGUUACCUCAUAAAUUAAAGUUAUGUACUAGUGAUGGUCAAGAGAUUGUGGCUCCAGAAAUGUUCUCACUCCAUGCUCUUAAAUGAAAAUACUCAAAAGUGAUUGCAGAUGUCAUUGGGUAGCUUUAGUUACAUCUUCUGGUGGUCUUCUUGGAAAUAAUUGUAAUAAUCAAGUAGGAAUUUCUCGAGAAUGCACAAUAGUCAGGUGUCAUGUAUGGAGUAUUUCUAUCUGCAAACAUAAACACAUGCUGUGUUUGUUGAACAGAGUGUACACUUUAAGACAAGCCUCUGUCCAUCCUCAUCCUGUGUUUUCUUUGUGAAGAUUUUUUACUUUAGAAAAGAAAAAUAUUUUCUAUAUAAUUAUUUUAUAAACAACCUGUUUCCAUUUGUCCUCUAAGUCAACAGAACUGUAGUAAACAUUAUCUCUGGUAAGUUUGCUGAUCUUCAAAUAAGUUCUAGUUUAUCUUUUUUAUUCUGGGCCUUCACUUUUUAAUUCUAUAAAUAAGUUCAAACAAACAAGGAGAUAACUUUAAGAUGCCAGCUUACAGUCAAGAUUUGUGUAGAGUUAGGUAUCUUCUCAGGUGAACUGAAGUAGUUUAGAGCAUGCUCCUGAGAAACACCACGAGGCCGAUAGCAUGUUAGUUAUGGCACAGAAUUAUACUUUAAUUUAAUGCAUGUGUUUACUUACCUUAUCACUUAUACACACACACACACACACACAUAUAUAUAUAUAUAUAUAUAUAUAUAUAUAUAU